GCUUCUUGGGCCGCUGCCGGCAGCCGGGGCUUCAAUCUCUUUCCGGUUCUGCGGCAGCCUGCCCCCGCCGGGGCCGGGCUGACUGCGAGGCCAGAGCCAAUGGAGGGCACGGGGCCCCCGGCGCCCCGGGGAGCCUGGGCCGAAGCGGGCCCCGCCGCGGGAAGCGACGUAGAGGGGUCCGGCCUUCUGACGGGAGACCCAGAGGAGCUGAAGCAGGGAUCGGUGUUAUUUCUUGGAGGUAACGAAGUAAAAAGCAGUGCUGUGGUGAAAUACUCAUCUGCACCACCACAAGCAGCAUUUGCUCGUCUUCAAGAGAAGACUGAUUUGAAACUUCCACCUGCUAAUUGGUUACGUGAAAGCGCCAAAUUGGGACCAGCAGGAACAACCAUUCUUGGCAACAGCAAGAAGAGCAAACUAUUUUCAAGCUUUGGCAUGGCAUAUGACUUCAUUGACUCAGUUGGAAAUGAUGUGGAUGUUGUGUCCGAUUCUGAGAACAUUAAAAAACUUCUGAAGAUACCGUACAGCAAGUCACAUGUGAGCAUGGCAGUACACCGUAUUGGACGAACCCUUUUACUGGACGAGUUAGAUAUUCAUGAGCUCUUCAUGAGAUCAUCUCAGACAGGGGACUGGACGUGGCUAAAAGAAUUCUAUCAAAGACUAAUAGAUCAGAAGUGGCAAAGAAAGAAGAAGAGUAAAGAACACUGGUACCAGAAGGCUAUACUUUCCAAGUUUUUAUAUUACAGCAUUAAUGGUGAUGGAGCUGCUCAGCCAGUUUCUUCCACUGCAGAACAGCAUCAUGAAGAUCCAGCUCCUGAUGAGAGUGAUGAAGCAGGAAGAGCUUCCUGGCCAGCCCCUUUUGAAAUGCCUUCUUCAGUAUCUGAAGAUCCAGGUUCUUCUAAUCAGGGAAGUGUGCCUCUUGAACCCUCAUAUGUAGUGGGGCAUGUGGCCUCAGCCCCCAAAGAACAAAACCUGAGUACUUUGUUCAAUGACGGGGAAAACAGUCAGGGACUUAAAAAUGAUUUUGUUCGGAACAUCUUGUGGACCUUUGAAGAUAUUCACAUGUUAGUAGGAUCAAAUAUGCCUAUAUUUGGAGGUGGAAGAUACCCUGCUGUGAGCUUGCGUCUCAGGGAUAACAACAAGCCAAUAAACGUGUUAACAGGAAUCGACUAUUGGUUGGACAACUUAAUAUGUAAUGUCCCAGAGCUUGUGAUGUGUUUUCAUGUUAAUGGAAUUGUUCAGAAAUAUGAAAUGAUCAAGACUGAAGAUAUUCCCAAUUUGGAAAACUCCAAUUUUUCUACCAAAGUGAUAAAGGAUAUUGCUCAAAAUAUCCUAUCUUUUCUGAAAUCUAACUGCACCAAAGAAGGACAUACUUACUGGCUAUUUAAAGCAAGUGGAAGCGAUAUAGUAAAGCUCUAUGACCUCACGACUCUUUGUGAAGAAACCGAAGAUAAAUACCAAAACCCUUUCACAAUGCCAGUGGCAAUUCUCUUGUAUAAAGUUGCCUGCAAUAUGAUGAUGAAAAAAAACCAGAACAAGAAACACUAUGGCACCAUUAGAACAUUGCUCCUUAAUUGCGUUAAGUUAUUGGAUAAAACCAGACAUCCACAAGGCUGGGCACAUGGGCAAAGCUGUGUGAGAGCCUUGGAGCACAGGAUACAGAUGGGUCUUGCCACUGAGCUCUGCCUUGCAUGGCCCUAUAGCAGAGAGGAUGGUCCUUGGAAAGAGAAUGGAGCGGGAAGUCAGGGGAAAGUCCGGACCCAGCAGCAACACUUUCUUGUCUCCCACUGCUUGGGAUGACUACUCUACUUGCGAUCCAGACCAAGGAGAAGGGAGUGUCAAGAUAGGAAAUAUAUGGCAGUUUCCCUGUUACCCUCUGCUCACUCGUAAGAUAGUAAGUGGAGUCUCCAUCUGAGCAGCCAAGAAGAGGCAUGUAUUUUUGUGUACAUGUGUGCACACGCACACAUACACAGAGGGAAGUUAAGUCAAGACAUACCAAAAUAC